AGAAGAUUGCAUUUCCUCAAGGGCUCAGCUGAUAGAUCUUGAAAACAACAAAAAAAGCAGACAUACGGAGCUUCCCUAACGGGAGCUGCUGGCAUCUUACCGCUGGUUUAGACUUUGCUUGUUUGGUUUUGUCGCAGUUGUGUCUCAGCGGCGCCAUCAUGAACGUGACGCUCGCGGUGAAGCAGUACAUCUCCAAAAUGAUCGAGAGCAGCGGGCCCGGGAUGAAGGUUCUGCUCAUGGAUAAGGAGACGACCAGCAUCGUGAGCGUGGUUUACACCCAGUCUGAAAUCCUGCAGAAGGAGGUUUACCUGUUCGAACGGAUCGACUCUCAGAGCAGAGACAGCAUGAAGCACCUGAAGGCCAUCUGCUUCCUACGUCCAACCAAGGAGAACGUGCAGCAUCUCAUCCAGGAGCUCAGAAGACCAAAGUACAGCGUUUACUUCAUCUACUUCAGUAAUGUGAUCAGUAGGAGUGAGAUCAAAGCUCUGGCUGAGGCAGAUGAACAGGAAGUUGUGGCUGAAGUCCAGGAGUUUUAUGGAGAUUUCAUCGCUGUGAAUCCUCACCUGUUUUCUCUCAACCUGCAGGGAGUUUCCCGGGGUCGGACCUGGGAACCCUCCAUGUUGUCGCGCUGCACGCAGGGCUUGACCUCCGUCCUGCUGGCGCUGAAGAAAUGUCCGAUGAUCCGCUACCAGCUGUCCUCUGACAUGGCCAAACGCCUCGCAGAAAGCGUCAAGCAAAUCAUCACGAAGGAAUACGAGCUGUUUGACUUCAGGAAGACUGAAGUUCCUCCUCUGCUGCUGAUCCUCGACCGCAGCGACGACGCCAUCACACCGCUGCUCAACCAGUGGACGUACCAGGCGAUGGUCCACGAGCUGCUGGGUCUGAACAACAACCGGAUCGACCUGUCCAGAGUCCCAGGGAUCAGCAAAGACCUGAGGGAGGUGGUGCUGUCCGCCGAGAACGACGAGUUUUAUGCCAACAACUUGUACCUGAAUUUUGGGGAGAUCGGCACCAACAUAAAGAACCUGAUGGAAGAUUUCCAGAAAAAGAAACCAAAAGGGCAACAGAAGCUGGAGUCCAUUUCUGACAUGAAGGCGUUUGUGGACAACUACCCUCAGUUCAAGAAGAUGUCUGGAACCGUGUCGAAGCACGUCACGGUGGUGGGGGAGCUGUCCAGGCUGGUGGCUGAGCGGCAGCUGAUGGAGGUGUCGGAGGUGGAGCAGGAGCUGGCCUGUCAGAACGACCACUCUAACGCUCAGCAGAACGUUCGGCGGCUGCUGCAGAAUCCUCGGGUUUCGGAGCUGGACGCCGUCCGUCUCGUCAUGCUCUACGCUUUGAGGUAUGAGCGCCACAGCAGCAGCAUCCUCCCGUCGCUGAUGGAGGAGCUGAGCAGGAAGGGAGUUUCUGAACGCUACCGCAGGAUGGUUCAGUCGGUUGUGGAGUACGGUGGGAAGAGAAUCAGAGGGAGUGACCUCAUCACACCGACGGAUGCUGUCGCCAUCACCAAACAGUUCUUCAAAGGACUAAAGGGCGUAGAGAACGUUUAUACACAGCAUCAGCCUCUGCUGCACGACACUCUGGAUCAGCUGAUUAAAGGUCGACUCAAAGACAGUCAGUUCCCGUACCUGGGAGCCAGCAGCCUGAGAGACAGGCCUCAGGACAUUAUGGUGUUCCUGAUCGGUGGAGCGACGUAUGAAGAAGCUUUGACCGUUUACAACCUGAAUCGUAACACUCCAGGGGUUCGGAUUGUGCUGGGAGGAAGCGCCAUCCACAACACUAAGAGUUUCCUUGAAGAGGUGAUGCUGGCGACGGGUCACAGCGGCGACAGAGCGCAGGGAAGUGGGCGCCACUCCACCCGGCGAUGAACACCAACUCUCAUUCUGACUCUUGUAUAAUAAACUUCAUCUCUCCCUUCGCUUGUUUACGUCUGUAUUUAGAGGAGCUUCCAGAGAUCUGUGAAUUACCUGGAUGUCCUUUUUAAAUACCAAAAAACACCCUAUUACAGGCAAAUUAACAGCUACUCAAUCAGGAAAAAUGUCAGAUUUGGGAACAGUCUUGUUUUCAGGCCUGUAACUGUACACUCAGGUCAUGGUUGAAUGUCCAUCUCAUCGUCAGAGUCUUGAUUCAGCUCAUCGAAAGUGAAUAAAUUUAUGAAUAAUGACAUUGACUUUAAUAAAUGUAAUUUAAAAUACAAGACAUGGGAAAAGAAAAGGGUGCAGAGAGACCUUUUAAUUCUUGCUGCAUUCUAAGCUUUAAAAAGAACCUUUAAAGGUUUAUGAUGCUUUGGAAAACCAAUAAAAACAAGAACUUUUAACAUAAAAGUUAACAAAGCAAACUUUUAUGUUUGCGUUUGUUAAUCUCUUGUAGCAGCAACAUUCUCAGGAAAACAAAGGCUGACUACUGAACACUCACUUAUUGUCUUUCUAAAGUGUUGCCACAAGAAAGGCAAAUUUUCACCAACCUUCAACUUCUACUUUUAUGACUUCCUGUUGCAACUAGCUGUGCUGCAAUUCUAACACUUAGCUUGAAGUGGUAACAGCAUGUAAAGAUUAAGUUUCAGAUCGGUUAUUUUUUGUUUUGACUCUUCUCUUUAUUUCUAGGACCAUUUUAUGAGCAUCUCAACAAUUUCCAACUGUGAAAACGGUACUUUAAAAAUGCUCUUUUUCUUAUUUCUUCUAGGCACUAGCUUGAUGCUGUAACACAUUUUGAAAAUUCUGUUUUAUGUUCAUAUCUUAUUUUGCAACCUGUUGUUGCAUGAUAAAAGCUAUAAAUCUACAAAUAUCUACAAAAAGUAUUUCCAACAUACCAGGCAGUCACUCAUUCUUAAGUGCUACUUUUUUUAGCUUCCUCUGGCAGAUAGCUAAGUACUAGCACUACAUUACAUAUUCACAGCAUCUAUUUUUAUUUUAUUAUUUGUCCUUUGUAGUAGUUCUGCAAUUUAUAAUAUUUUUAUUUGGAUCUCAACAAACCUACAAUGUCUGAGGAAUUGGCUUCUGAGAGCUUUGUAGUUAGCUAGCAGUGCUGCAGUGCUAAUGCUAGCUUAUUUGUAAAACAUACCAGAUCACUAAGAUUCCAUUUCAGAUGUGCUAUUUAUUUCUGUCUUUUUCUUUAACAGCAGGACUUUUGCUAGAUAUAUUUCUUUAAGGAUAUUAAUAACCUAAAGAAAAACUUCUUUAAAAUUUAAACAGUGUAAAUGACACUUCCUGUAGCAACUAGCUCUGCUUUCAUAACAUGUGAUGAUUCAGUUUCAUUUUCACAUGAAACAUAAAAAAUAAGACAUUUCUCUUUAUUUGUUUUGCAACAGAGUCAAAACUAUGAAGCUAUGAUUUAUUUUCUAAACAUAUUAAGAAUCCCAGAACACAUGAGGCAAUAGCUAGCUAUAGUUUUAAACUGCUAUUGUUUUUAGCUACGUGUAGCUGAAAACUUUGUUUCCUUGCUGGUAACCAACGCUUAUUCGUAAACAUGUUUAUUUUUCUAUCUUCUACUGCUGAUAAUAUUUUAUUAUCUAAACAGUGCUGCACUCUCUGAGGAAAUGCUUGUGGGUUUUCAAACUCUUUGCUACCUGCGCCGCUUUGCUAAUGCUAGCUAGCAUAUCAAAGUAAUAGGGUCAAUAUUCUACCUACAUCUGAAAUAAUUUUCUUAGCAUCAAGGUUAAAAUAAAAAUAAAAAUGUUUGCUCAUUUUUUCCAGAACAGAGGUUUUUGUUUCUAAAGUAACUCAAGCAUGCGCUGUACAGUUUGUUCGAAAUCUUGGCUGCCAGGACUUGACAUUGUGUACUGUAACAGACCAGAAAACUGAAAUUAUCUUCAAAUUUAGUUAGGAUAUGAUCAACUCACAUAGAAUUAUCAAUAUUUUCAAAGCAACAAUCAUAUAAUUAGGGCUUCUGGAGCUUUCUGUCCUCGAUUUAAAGUGCAGUUUUUAAUCUGUUUGGUUUAAUUGAACAUUAUUUGGCUUCUGUCAUGCAGUGAUUCUCUUGUUGCAUCCUUACAUUUUCCAGUGAGUCUCUUUACAUGUUUCUGACUGAAUGUGAAUUUGAAAGAAUUACUAUUAAAAAGAAGAAAACAGAGUUGAAACUGUGUUUGGAAUCUGAAUCUGUAUCAAACAAAAAUGAGUUGAAAUAUGUGUAAUACUGGUGAAUAUUUUAAAAUAUAUUUGUUUAACUCAUAAUUUGGUUUUAAAUUUGGAUCUGGUAUAUUGCAACCAGAUAUUAAAUAUUAAAUAUUUAUUAUUGAUUAUUAGUAUUCAUUUAUGUGAUUGAGGUAUUGUCCAAAAAAGUUUGUCUUCUCUGAAUGACUGUAUGUUUGAAUUUAGUAUAACCCAUAAAUAAUUGUGUUAUUUUAAAAUAUAGAGGAUGUUACAAAAAAAUAAAGAUGCAAAGCUUUAAUUUUA